AUGGAUGUUUUACCAAAUCUUUUAGAAUUCAAGGGAGACUUCACAAAGCCCACUACAGAAUACUUGACGUUGUCAAAUACAACCGACUCCCCACUAGCAUUCAAGGUAAAGACAACCGCCCCUAAAUUGUACUGUGUCAGACCAAAUGCUAGCAUAGUCAAACCAGGUUCAGAAGUUAAGAUUUCAAUUAUUUUGCAAGGAUUUACCCAGGAGUUACCGAAAGAUUAUAAGUGUAAGGAUAAAUUUUUACUAGUAUCAUUGCCGUGUCCUGAUUUGGAAGAUUCAUCUAAGGUGAGCGAAGUUUGGUCAGAAUUGGAGAAUAAGUAUAAGCUGCAGAUGAAUUCAAAAAAGUUGAGGGUGAAUUAUAUUAUUACGGGUGAAGAUGAUUCUUCAGCAAAUGGGCAUGACGUGGGUGAUUCAAGUGCCUCUAACGUUAUCCCUCCUACGGCUGCUGGAGCAGUUUCUGGCUCACAAAUAGAUAAGAGCAAUGGGUCUUCUGAAUUGCAAAAGGAACUUGACGCAUCAACAGCUAAGAUUAACAAUUUAUCACAAAAAUUGGAUUCCAACGAACGGGCCGGCGGAGCCACCUCUUCGACAUCAAGUACUCCAAAGUCGGAGGAAGUAGGUAGUGCGGUGUCUUUACCUUAUGCCUUUAUAUUGAUAUUAUUGGCAUUCUUCGUGGGAUAUUUAAUUUUUUGA